ACUUCCGGUACAAAUAUAACGGGACAUUAAUGAAAUAACACCGGUAUAGGUUUUGGGUGUUUUUGCAUGAAAAAUAUUAGCUUCAUUUCUUUGAUAACAGUAGUGAUGUGGAAUUGUGCAAUAAUUUAGAAGACAUUCCACCACAAACAGACAUGUCGGGAAUGUAUUAUUUCAUAAUUGUCGGCCAUUAUGACAAUCCGAUCUUUGAGGCAGAGUUUAAUCCUCCAAACAAGAUCAACGAGCCAAAGAAAUGGACCUUGGAAAAUCAAUUCACAUUCUAUGAAAUUGACGAUCACCGACAUCUGAACCAGUUCAUUGCUCACGCAGCGCUCGACCUGGUUGACGAACAGGCAUGGACAACAAGCAACAUGUACCUCAAGGUUGUCGACAAGUUCAACGAGUGGUUUGUGUCGGCAUUCAUCACUGCAGGACGGAUGAGAUUUCUGAUGCUUCACGAUGUAAAGAACGAGGAUGGAAUAAAGAAUUUCUUCACGGAGAUGUACGACACGUAUGUCAAGUUUGCCAUGAAUCCAUUUUACGAAAUUAACACACCAAUCAAGUCACAAGCGUUUGAGAAGAAAGCUCAGUUUUUUGGCAGAAAAUAUUUGACUGGAUGAGUUACAUUCCUUCCAUUAUUGGACAACUUCGAUCCAUUUAGCGUAUAAGAGAGUUACUUCCCUUACAUCGUUUGUUACUUGGAUCCAUACACUGGUUGAGAGUUAUUUCCCUCCCAUUUGUUGGACUACUUAGAUCCAUUUGUUUCAUUAUGAAUGGUUUCCUGUAUUUUAAUGUAAAUAAAUAUUUAUUGAGUAAUAUAAACACAAAGGUUUCUACUCCGUGCUGUCUUUUGUUAGUCAAUAUUGAUAACACUGGAAAAAAUAAAGAUGUAAAAUUUUC